AUGGUGAUGGAUUGUGCGGAGUAUUUUAUCGUUUAUUUUCUGUUCUCAGGUUAUGGACGUAUCAUCCUGCUCUUAUGCUCCUGUUAUUGUAUGCGCACAAAUUGUGUGGCAGCCGCGAUCGCCUAUAUCAUAUCGGGAUUAUUGGAUGCUUUGGACGGUCAUGCUGCUCGAAUCUUAAACCAAAGCACUAAAUUCGGAGCUAUGCUCGACAUGCUUGUUGAUCGAUGCGCAACUAUGUGUUUGCUGGCCUGUCUGAUCGUAUUCUAUCCCACCUGGAUGUUCGUAUUCCAGCUGAGCAUGAUUGUGGAUAUUUCGAGUCAUUGGCUUCACAUGCACAGCUCCAUUCUAGGUGGUGGCCAAAGUCACAAAACCAUCGAUAUGAAUGCGAGUCCUAUAUUGAGACUCUAUUAUCAUAACCGGAUCGUGCUCUUCCUGAUGUGUCUGGGGAAUGAAAUCCAGUUACUGCAUGAGAAUGUCACCUGGAUUGGUGAUGAAAUUUUUGCAAUACAACUGCCAACUCUAAAAACAACAAUCAGCGCUGUUGUUUACAAAACUGCUAUAUAUAUGUAUAUCCUUACCAGCGUUUCUCAAUCAGAGCAUGCAUGUUCAUAUAGUGCCAUCCAUUCGUUUGUGAACUAA